AGUGCCACUCAGCCAGGAUCCCCGCCGUCGACUGCGCGGUGCGCUGCCCGUCCGCCCUUUACAGGCGCGGGGCCGCCCGCCGCGGGCUCGGGGCGGACUAUGCGCUCACCGAGUCCGCCGCCGGCCCGCUGGCUCUGCGUGUUGGCCGGCGCCCUCGCCUGCGCCCUUGGCCCCACGGGCAGCUGGGCAGCUGGGCUGCAGCGGGAGGAGUGUGACUAUCUGCAGAUGAUCGAGGUGCAGCACAAGCAGUGCCUGGAGGAGGCCCAGCUGGAGAAUGAAACAGCAGGCUGCAGCAAGAUGUGGGACAACCUCACCUGCUGGCCGGCCACCCCUCGGGGCCAGGUGGUCGUCUUGGCCUGCCCCCCCAUCUUUAGGCUCUUCUCCUCCACUCAAGGCAACGUGAGCCGCAGCUGCACCAGUGAGGGCUGGACGCACCUGGAGCCUGGCCCCUACAACAUUGCCUGUGGCUUGGAUGACAAGACAUCAGGUUUGGACGAGCAGCAGCAGACAGUGUUCUACAGUUCCGUGAAGACUGGCUACACCAUCGGCUACAGCCUGUCCCUCGCUGCCCUUCUGGUCGCCACAGCCAUCUUGAGCCUGUUCAGGAAGCUCCACUGCACGCGGAACUACAUCCACAUGCACCUCUUCAUAUCCUUCAUCCUGAGGGCUGCCGCCGUCUUCAUCAAAGACUUGGCCCUCUUCCAUGGCGGAGAGACGGAUCACUGCUCUGAGGGCUCGGUGGGCUGUAAGGCAGCCGUGGUCUUAUUCCAGUACUGUGUCAUGGCCAACUUCUUCUGGCUGCUGGUGGAGGGCCUCUACCUGCACACCCUGCUUGCCGUCUCCUUCUUCUCCGAGCGGAAGUACUUCUGGGGGUACAUACUCAUCGGCUGGGGAGUGCCUAGCACAUUCAUCAUGGUGUGGACCAUCAUCAGGAUCCAUUUUGAGGAUUAUGGAUGCUGGGACACCAUCAACUCCUCAUUGUGGUGGAUCAUAAAGGCCCCCAUCCUCACCUCCAUCUUGGUGAACUUCAUCCUAUUUAUUCGCAUCAUCCGAAUCCUGGUUCAGAAACUGCGGACCCCAGAUGUUGGGAAGAAUGACAGCAGCCCAUACUCGAGGCUGGCCAAGUCCACCCUUCUGCUGAUCCCCUUGUUUGGAGUGCACUACAUCAUGUUCGCCUUCUUCCCCGACAACUUUAAGGCUGAAGUGAAAAUGGUCUUUGAGCUCGUCGUGGGGUCUUUCCAGGGUUUUGUGGUGGCCAUCCUCUACUGCUUCCUCAAUGGCGAGGUGCAGGCGGAGCUGCGGCGGAAGUGGCGGCGCUGGCACCUGCAGGGAGUCUUGGGCUCGGACCCCAAAUACCGCCACCCGUCAGCAGGCAGCAACGGGGCCACCUGCAGCACGCAGGUCUCCAUGCUGACCCGCGUCAGCCCGGGCGCGCGCCGCUCGUCCAGCUUCCAGGCCGAAGUCUCCCUGGUGUGACCGCUACGCGCCAGGGGCCCAGGGCGGCCCCUCCCGCCCGCACACAUCCACCCCGGGCGGCACCGGGGGCGGAGGCCUGCCCGGGCGAGGCCAGCCCCAGCCCUGGGCUCGGAGGCUGCCCCGGCCCCAGGUCACUGUCCAGACGCCCCUGGAGAACGCUAUCUUUGCGCCUGCCUGGGGAAAGGAGGGUACAUAGAUCGGGGAGCUGGUUCUCUGCAAGUUGGAGCGCUCGGAGUUCUCACCCUGGAAGAUGUGGGGUGGAGCUCAGUCAUCAGACUCCUCCCCAAAAGGCCCCCUCCGCCAAUCGAGGGCAAGAAGUCAGCUGACUCCGCCCCCUGGUAGCUCUCUUGACCCAGCUGAGGAUGGCAACCGCCGAUCCCCAAACAAUGCAUGUGGGAACAUGGUGUGAUCUGAGGGGACAAAGGUCUUGCCCAGAGAAGGCACCCGCCGCCGCCACCUCGACAGUGCCUGAAGUACCAUCAUUGCUGUCAAGUUUCUUUGGGUUAAGCAUUGCCAUUCAGGCAUCUCUCCGAAGAUACUGUCCCCUCCCCCCAGUGUCCUAGCUGCCAGCUCCUCAAGGUGGAUGAGUCUCUCUGCCUCAGGCAGAUGCGAUUGUGAUAGGGAGUUUUAGUUUGGAGAGCACAGCUAUUUUCAGGUAGAAUGGUCCCAGGAUGGCCAGAACAAUUCAAGGAGGCUGCUACCAGCCCUAACCAUCCCUAUGGGCUGUGGGAGCUGCCCUUGGCUGCCCACCUGUGUGCCAACUAUUAGAGCCAGGCUCAGAGAUGUGCCCCUUAUUCCUCACAUCAACCCAGAAGGUGGGAACUACUGUCCCUAUUUCACAGAUCAGGAAACUGAGUCUCCAAGAGAGCAGAUACCAUGCCGUGUCCAGGAUUUGAACUCAGGUCUGGCUGAUGAGAAAGUGAAAGCUCAGACUCUUAACUGCUGCCUUUUAUAUAUUAUAACAAGCUCGAUCCUCUCAGUUGUUUGUACCGCUGCUGAUAUUACAGAAGUCCAGCCUUACUCACAGUUUCACUUUCUGCCGUUUCAGUUAUCCUUGGUCAACCACUACCUGAAAAUAUUAAAGGGAAAAUCCCAUAAAUAAAUAAUCUCUAAGUUUUAAA